AUGGCUAUCAGAUCACUUAGCCUUGCGUUCUUCUUCGCCCUGACAGCCUUUCAAAGUAUGACAACAGAAGCUUCUCCGUCGCCUAUGCCACAUGGAGGCCACGAGAAGGACUCGUAUAUUGACUAUACGACCAUCUCAGGGUUCUUUCUGCAGGAUGAUCCAAAGACAGUCUCCAGCACAUUUGACUACUGGUUUUUUUGGUCUGACGAGUCCCAGACGAAGGUCAAUUUAGGCCUCAUCAACCGUACUUACGACACUGAUCAAGAGUGUGGAUCACAGAAGACUCAAUGGGAGCGAUUCGAGUACUAUGUCAAGUCAUUGAACAAGAAAGCCCCCAAUAACGUCGAGUAUAAAGUUCUGAUCAUGGGACGACACGGCGAAGGCUUUCACAAUGUCGCCGAGACUUACUACGGAACGCCGUCCUGGGAUUGUUACUGGGCCCAACAGGAUGGGAACGGCACGAGUACUUGGGCCGACGCCAGAUUGACGGAAAACGGUAUCAACCAAGCCAAUAUCGCUCAUGCGUUUUGGGUCAAUGCCCUGCAGAAUGCUGGCAUCCCAGCGCCAGACUCGUACUACUCGAGCCCACUGACUAGAUGCCUUGAGACGGCGCGUAUCACCUACGAAGGGUUGGACCUGCCUCACAACAAGAAGUUCAAGCCGGUGGUCAAAGAGAAAUUACGAGAGGCCAUCGGCAGACACACUUGUGACAGACGUAGCAGCAAGACCUACAUCGAGCAAACAUACCCCGGAUUCCACAUCGAGAAGGGCUUCUCCGAGGACGACAAGCUAUGGGAACCAGUUCUCCGUGAGACGGACUCCGCUCGGGCACAGCGUCUGAAGGAGGCAUUGGACGAUAUCUUCACGAAUGACGAUGGCACUUUCAUUGCGGUCUCGAGUCACUCUGGAGCCAUCGGGAGCAUCCUCAGAGUGAUUAGGCACAUUCCGUUUGGACUCGUGACUGGCGCCGUGAUUCCGGCUUUGGUGAAGGUCGAGAGGAUUGGCGGGACUGCUCCAACAACGACGAUUCUCGGGCCAACACCUGGCACCACUUGCACGGCCAAUCCUACGCGGACUGCAUGA